UUUUGGUUCGGUGCAGCGCAAGGCGGGGAACUCAUUAACGUAUUUCGUUUGAAAUGCUAACAUCGAAAACGCAUACGCCUUGGGUGGUUGGCUGGUGAAAAUACUUUUACUCUGGCUGGUGUCUGUUAGCAGUGGUGGUCGUGUGUGGAAGUGGUUGUCCGUAAAAUUGAGGACAGUUUUUUAAACAUUGCUGGUUCAGCAUUAUGUUCCCUUUCUCCUCCCUGCAAGUCGAGUAUAGCAAUUUCCAUCGUUCAUCGCAAAUCAUGUCGAACGCCCUGAGCAUGAGCAACUCCGGCUUUCCACACUCAUGGAUCGUGUCCGGGCAGGACUUUUGUCCGAUAACGUACUCCUCGAUCCAGGGCCACAAUUCGGGCGUAUCGAGCAAUCUCGCAACGGUUGAACCGGGCCUGAUCGAACUGCGGAAGGAAAAGUCCCGCGAUGCAGCCCGUUCCCGGCGUGGGAAGGAGAAUUAUGAGUUUUACGAGCUGGCAAAGAUGUUACCAUUGCCGGCAGCGAUCACUAGCCAGCUGGACAAAGCGUCCAUCAUACGGCUCACGAUCAGCUACCUGAAGCUGAAGGAGUUCAGCGAGAACGGUGUACCGUCCUGGUGUAAGGAACCGAUCGGGUUCCAAAACUACAACGCCCCGCAGUACUUUAACGAGAUGUUCGAAACACAUCUCGGCACGCACAUCCUGCAAUCGUUGGACGGGUUCGCCAUCUCGACCGGUGUCGAUGGUCGCUUCCUGUACAUCUCCGAGACGGUUUCGAUCUAUCUCGGGCUGUCGCAGGUGGAGAUGACGGGCAGCAGCAUCUUCGACUACGUGCACAAGAACGAUCACGCCGAGGUGGAGCAACAGCUCGGCAUCAAGAAGGGGGCGGAGUACGCCAGCUACGGUGGGUACGGUGAUGACCCACCGACAGAGAAGGCGACCGUACUGAAGCUGGGCAAGGAUGCGCCCGGUGGAAAGGGUCUGCUGCCGGGCGAAUCGUACGAGGGUGACGACCGUGCGUUUUGCAUCCGCAUGAAGUCAACGCUCACCAAACGUGGGUGCCAUUUUAAAUCGUCCGGCUAUCGGGUGAUACUGCUGCUGUGCCAUCUGCGCAAGAAGGGUGCCGGGCAGGAGGAGACGCACACCGACAAGCAGACGGUGAUCGGGAUGGUGGGGAUUGGAAUUGCGCUACCACCGCCAUCGCUGCACGAGAUCAAGCUCGAGUCGGACAUGUUCGUGUUCCGGACGAGCCUGGACCUGACGAUCAUCCACUGCGAGAACAGGAUUUCCAGUUUUCUGGACUACACCGCGGACGAGCUGAAUGGGAAGAGCGUCUACAGUCUGUGUCACGGGCAGGAUGCACACAAGCUGAAGAAGAGCCACAGUGAAUUGAUCCAGAAGGGCCAAGUGCUGACCCCGUUCUAUCGCAUCCUCAACAAAAAUGCGGGCUACUUCUGGAUACAGUCCUGCUGUACGAUGGUGUGCCAGACGAAGAACAUGAGCGACCAGACCGUAAUCUGCGUCAACUACAUCAUCACCAAACCGGAAAAGGAAAACCUCAUCCUGGACAUCUCUCAGAUCCCAUCGGCCGCGGGCGUGCUGGGUGACUACCAUGCGAAACCCCUGUCUUCCGGAGGUGCUACCUCCGGUGCGAAAAAGUCCCAACCCGGAGUGGUGGCAAGCGAGUAUGAUCUGGAGUCGCAUUCACACGCUCACCAUCAUUCGGGUACGGACGGGUACCAUCUGGACGGUGGUGCCUCACACGUAGAUCACAAGGUAGACCUGAUGGAGAAGUCCGGCCUGGGGAAGGGUGGACUAGGGAUGACAUAUGGCGGCCCCAAUACCAACACCUCCACCGAUAAGAAAGACCUCGACUACAAGGAUAAGCUACUGGAGCGUGAGAAAGGAUGUAGCAAUAGUAAGCACCAGCGUCUCAAGAGUGGUAGCCCGAUGCUGAACCUGCCGAACGAGAAUGGUACGCACGAGAAGAAAUCGUCCGGUGGUAAGAAGAGCGUCAAUAAUCGGGCCAGCGUCAUCCGGGUGCUAAGCAAACCAUCGAAGAAGGUCCUGCAGGAAUCGCACUAGACCUGUCGCUGGCUUUGAGAAAAGCCAAUCCACACACUCAAUCAACGCCGCGAUCAACCAAUUUUUACCAUUAUUGUUUUAGUGUUUAGUGCGAGGAAGGGGGGGCCCGCUUCCUUUACCCUCCCACACCCCCAUCCCUCCUAACGGUGGUGGCUUCUUCUUCAUCGAUCGGUUAGUGGUUAGCGUGUAAUAAGUAUAGCGUCUCCCUAGUUGUUAGUGUAAUUAGUGAAUCACCGUACUACCUUCUCCAUUUCACCGUAUUUCUCUAAGAAGACGACACAUUUACAUACACACACAAAAAAGAAGUAGAAGGAAACAAGCGCACUUCGUUAGAUAUUGUAUUUGUUUGAGUUAAAUAGUUUUAUUUCGCUUGGUUUACACAUAUUGCCAUACCGGAAAGGACAACAUAUAGUACAGCGGACCCGAACGGGAGUGGGAAGGGGGAAAAAUCCAUGGAAGAGGGGAGGCUUUGAGAGGAGUUUAUCUUUUGGUGGAGAGGGGGGGGGGGAGGGAGGAACAAAGGGAGGAGGCAGUUUGUUUCACAUUGAGUGAAGGUGAAGAGAAGACGUUACACAUUAAAUGUCCGUUAAAAAGGAUGCUCAAAAAUGCAUACAUACAUACACGCCCAGAAAGGAAUGGUGGCGCAUGGUUGCAUGUGUCUGUGUAGUAGUGUAAAUGAUGGUGUCAUCCUUGAGCAUUCCUUUUUGUUUUCGACGUACCCGAACACACACACUCAGCCAUACAAGAACAUACACACAUACAUUCAAUCACACUGUAAGCUUCUCUUCACACUAUCCUCCCUCACCCACUAUCUCCACCUCGUCUCCCCAUACUACACAUAUACAUCUCCCAGCCGCUUAUAUAUGGUCUCUUUCUCUCUCUCACUGUCCGUUUAACUACUCUAAAUAUAAUAAUCCUUGUGUAAAGCAAUAUCUAAAAAAA